AUGUCACUUCCAUGGUCUCGCCGCGUCAUUCUGCUCGCCCUCCUGCUUCAUCAGACUGGACACGCCCUAUCCUUGGCUCCGAUCAGCUGGCGUGGCGGCCGAGCACUAUCAACGACCGUUCAGCCACGCCACGUGUCGCCUACACUGCUCGCAAAGAAGAAGGGCGGCGGAGGCAAGAAGAAGAAGGGCGGCAAGGGUGGCAAGCAGUCGGGCUUUGCGUGGGCGUCCUCGUUUGAGCUCAAGCCGUGGGAGAGCUCCGCGCUGCGCGAGAUUGCCGCGCUGUGGACGCUCCCUGUGGCCUGUGUGAUUGUCGGGCACCCGACCGAGGCAGCGAGCAGCGAUGCCCAGCUGCCGGCUGCCGAUGAUGCUGCGGAGGUGGCGGCGGCGGACAGCACGGCGGCGGCUUCGGAGGCCGUCUACGUCUAUGCCAACCUCGCUGCGAUCGAGGCGCUCGGCUUCGCAGACUGGCAGUCUGCAAUCGGCGCGCCGUCCGCCCUGCCGGAAGAGAUGUCUAAGAAGUACGAGUCAGGCUACAGCAAGAAGGCCGGCUUGAGGCCAGUGACUCUGCUGGACGCGUCGCGGUGGGUGCUCGAGAAGGCGGCGGUGGAGGGCGGCAAGCUCGUCACGUCGCGCGUCGGGCUGUGCUACGCGUGGAGCGAGUGGCAGGACGAGGACGGGUUUGUGUGCGAGCCGGGCGGGAAGCGGCGCACUCCCGACCCCACGCCGGAGGAGCUGGCGGCAGCCAUCGAGGAGAAGGGAGCAGAGGUGCGGCGCCUCAAGGAGGAGGAGGGGCUCGGCAACAAGGACCCGCAAGUGCAGGAGGCGGUGGCGGCGCUUUUGAGUCUCAAGGCUGCCGCCGAGGAGCUCGAAAAGAGCCCUGCCUAG